UAUUGAAGUUUUUUGGAAAAUAUUUUCGCAUUUUGAUGUAUGGUUGUCAAGUUGUUUGAACAAGAUGCCGAGAUGACACGGUGUAAACGCGUUUCUUCGUAGUGAAGACAUGUGUAGCUCAAAUGGACGACAGUAGUAAACAAAGCAAACAUGCAGACAUCGCCAAGGCUUCCUAUCCGCCAUGAAUUCCAUCCAGAAUGUUAUGGCAGUCGUGUGUGUAACAGAGACGAUCAUGCUUUAUGUACGAAAAGUUUGGAAACACAACGUCUAUUUGUUAACGAACGCGAAGCAAUCCACAGGAAGACAUUUAAGAAAUGGAUGAACAACAAGUUAUCAAGGGCCGACAAACCCGUGCAGGUAAAAGAUCUCAUAGAAGACUUGCGCGAUGGACAUGUUCUUCUAACGCUGCUGGAGACAUUGCUAUCAACCAAGCUACCAAGAGAGAAAGGAAAGAUGAGAUUACAUAAGUUAACGAAUGUUAGGAUCGUCUUUGAACAGCUGGAGAAAAAUGGAGUUAAGAUUGUCGGUAUCAACAAUGGUGACAUAGUGGAUGGUAUUCCGCGCCCUAUUCUAGGCCUGGUUUGGAGUAUUAUAUUACGAUUCCAGGUACACGAGUUAUUUCAAGAAGAAAGUUCUGGCGCUAAAGUUAAAGAUUUCCAUGUUGAAAAGAGACUGCUAAGCUGGUGUCAAGAUGUCCUAGAUGGGUACGAGGAUGUCAUAAAGUUAAAGGACUUCACUGUUGGAUGGCGGAAUGGCUUGGCCUUCAAYGCUAUCAUUCAUUCGCAUAAACCUGAGUUGUUCGAGUUUGAUGAUUUACUUGAUAACGACAACAAGACGAACCUACAGCACGCGUUUACCGUGGCACAAGACGAGUUCGACGUUGACGCUCUCCUAGAACCGGGUGAUAUCGACGUCCCGCAGCCAGAUAAGAAACUGAUCAUGAUGUACUUGACAAGUAUGUACGAUGUUCUGAAAGACUACGAACCAACAAGAGAAAGACGAAAUAAAAAACUACAGCUAAAGAAAGACCUUGAGGCUUACAGGGCGGCUCAUUCAGAGAUAACACUGUAUAUGACACAAGUAGAAAGUAUUGUACUCACAAAACUUGACUCUGAUGAACGCCAAGCAGACCCAGCAGACGAACAUCAAAUUGCAAAGGACCUCACUAGAGAUACCGCUAACCACGUGACCGACGUCAAUGACGUCAAGCACAAGGGACAAAAACUAAUCGACGAUGGAAAGAUCAGUCAGAAUGAUCAACAGGAGAUCAAAACACAGAUCGAAGCGCUGGAAAUUCGAUGGGAAAAAUUAUUAAUACUUGUGUCACGGCUGAGUAAACGAUGCCAGACAGCUUUGGUAGCACCGAAACAGAGAAAAGUAGAGUAUUACGUGACAUGGGUACGGCAAACAUCUCGUGACGUUCAGCUUAAGGGUAACGCAACAACACCCGAAGAAACAAGACAAGAACUGCAAGAUAUUGAGGAAAUUGUUGCCGAUAUUGACGAGAAUGAGCCAGGUUUAAACCUCGCUGUCCAGGAAGCAGAAGCCAUCAGUCAAGAUGAAUCGAUUUAUGAGGAUGUGAAACAAGGUCUGCAGAAUCAGUUGGAUGUUCUUGUUAAUGACUGGGAAAGGUUGAAGAAAGCCACAUUAGAAAAACAAAAGAGGUUGCAGCAGGCUGUUGGGUCUGAACCAUUAGUAGACGUAAAAGAUGUUGGUGUUGUAGAGUCAGCGCCUGCUCAAGCUUUCGAAAUACAAGUCAGAAGAAUAAAUGUCAAAAGUCCACCCGCCAGUCCUCGACUUGUUAAACACGAUCAAGUUGAGAAGCUACAAACCUGGAAACGAAAACACGAUGAAGCCAGAGAUGUCAUCAAUGAGUUCAAGAUGAAUGUCAAAAAGUUGAAGCUUGAAGACGAGUCCAGCAAAUUCAACGAACAGUACGAGAUAUGCAACCAAAAGCUCCAGAAAGCCAAUCCCGUCGUUGAUGAUACAAUAAAGUACGGACAAGAUGUCAUCGAGGACCAGUCAAUCGACGAAGAUCAAAGGGAUGUCGUUUCUCAAGAACUAGAGACUCUUGUUGCUGACUUCGAUGACUUUAUGAUGCAGCUCGAUGAAGCAAAGAUGGACGAAUCUGCUCAACACGAUCAAUCAAAGGUGAAAGAAGACAUUGAUGUAUGGAAGACGUCCAGAGACGAGCUCCGUCCAAAGAUCUCUGACUGUCAUGUUAUGUUGAAGAAAGCCAAGCAGAAACCCAUUCCAUACAAAAGAGUUGAGUUGAUUCUGUAUGCUAAAGAAGUAGAAGAUUGUGAACAGGAAGUGACGCAAUUAGAACCGGAAGUAAGCGCGUUCCUGGAUGAUGGUAACAGACUAUUACAAAAUACACAAAUGACUGACAGCGACAAAGAGUUGGUGGCAAUGAAUAUGCAUGAGAUAGAUAACCAAUUUAUAACCAUCAAACAAGAAACUUAUGAGCUCAAAAACAAGGUUGAUGAAGUAAUUCACGAUGAAGAAGCCAAAAAAGACGAACAGCUUUACCAGUGGAAAGACUUGAGAGAUGAUCUCAAACCGAAAAUCUCCAACCAGUUUGUUGUAUUAAAGGAAUUGAAAGCCAAGCAGAUUCCUUUGGAACGAGUGGAUGUUAUCAUGCGAGUAGAGGAGGUUGAGGCUUGUCACCAGGAUGUGACGUCACUAGACCCGGAAGUAAGCCGUUUCAUAGAUAAAAGCAAUGAGCUAAUACAAAGCGACAAUCUUGAUGAUCAAGAAAAGAGCCUGGUGACUAAAGACAUGAAAGACGUUGACGAGGAAUAUGAAGAACUGAGAAGUGGAAGCAAGGAAUUGAGAAAUGAGGUAGAAAAAUGGGCCGAAAAGCUUGACAAGAAAUCCUUUGACCUGGAAAAAUGGAGAGACUGGAAGCGCUCUAUCAGCAGUAAACUAGACUCAAUAGAAGAUACAGUAAACGAUAUCAAAUCAAUAGAAACAUCGAGGAACCUUGAAACCUUGGAGGACAGUCUUGCUUUAUCAGAGAAAUCCAUUCAAGAUUUGGAAAAUCUGGAACCUGAAGUGGUUUCAGCAUUGGAGUUUGGACAGCUGACUAAGAAUGACAGCCCGUUAUCAGAAGAGGAAAAACAAGAGAUCACCAAUGACAUGGAACAAAUGAACAGCAGGCUAAAAGCAUUGAAAGAGGACGCAAGUAACCAGAAUGAGUGGUUGAAGGUGUAUCUUGAGGAACAAGAGACAACAAAGACAGACGCUCUAGAAAAAUGGCAAAACACCAAACAAAUUACUUCAGCUUUGAUUGACAACUGUCAAUCAAAAGUUAAUGCCUUAAAUGAUAAUCCUGAGACCAAAGAAGAGAUAGAAUCGGAGAUAGCCAAAGUACAAGAAUACGCUGAAGAAGUUCCAUUGAUAUUCCAAGAAGUCCAGUCCUGCUUCGACCAGGGAAACACACUUCUCGCUGACGACUUACUGGCACAGAACGAGAAGGACCUGGUACAGAGCGACGCAGAGGAGAUUGGGAACAAGUUACGAGCCUUACAAAAUGACGUUGAGAUGCACCAGAAAAGGCUUCAGGGACAACUCACCCGUAAAACCGCUGCCGAUGAACAAGAAGCGAUGAGGUACUCCAAGCUGUCCAAAUGGGAAAGAACCAAACAUGGUAUGAAAGAUACCUUAGACGAUUUUCGACGAAAAUUUCGUUUACUCCUGUCUCAACCUCUGCCAAAAAAUGCAGCAGAAACUGGGCAAAGAAUCAAGAGUACAGCGGAUAUUUCAGAUGAAAUCAUGGGUAAAAUACCUGAGGUCCAGUCAGGGUAUGAGUAUGGUAAUGAACUUCUUAACGAUGAUGAACUGACUGAAGUGGACAAAGACAACAUUGAAAUAGACAUGUCAGACUUGAGAAACGGUUUUCAGAACUUGAGAGAUGAUGUCAACUAUGAACACAAGAGGUUAACAGAUUUGCUUGAGGAGUUCAGAGCAGAGGACAAUAAGAUGGCAUCAUGGAAGGACGAGACCAUCAAACUCAAUCGCUUGUUAGAAGAGGCACGGAAGAUUGUAAAAGACUUGAAAUCACGACCAGAACCCAUAACAGCGGACGAGAUUGACGAUCAAAUCGAUGAAACACAGGAGGUAUAUCAGCAAAUGGCGUCAGAAGCUAUCCCGGACAUUGAUGCAGGACUGUCAAUGGGCAACGAGCUCCUCAAAGACCCUCGUGUAUCUGACCCAAACAAAGACAUUGUUGAACACGACCUUAACAUUCUGGAGCCUGCUUUCAAAGAAACGAGAGAAGAAUUCACAAAUUACUUCGCCUGGCUGCAAGCUUUGACUCCAGAGGAAACGGUGACUGUCAACGAGGAUCAAACAUUAGAAAGCGAACCCGAACAAACAGACGGUGGGGACCCGGGUGAGGAAAGAUUUGUUGUUCGUCGGCAUGUAACCGCUGACCAGUACUUCAAAAUUCUUCAUGACGCGAUGACACCAGAGGAAAGAUAUGAACAUGAGAGGCAAGAGAAACUUCACCAAUGGAAAAAUAUCAUCGAUAGAAUCGACGAGUUAUUAAAUCGCCUAAUGGAGAAACUGAACCGUUUGAAAUCAACCGACCCCGAGCGGUACGACGACAUUAAAGAUCAUAAAGAGACCGCUGAGGACUGUAUUGAAGAGAUCCAAGGCUCAGAGCCGAUGAUUCGUGAAUCCAUACGACUGGGAAACGAGUUGCUCGAUGAUAAAAAUGUUGAUGAGGACGAGAAGGAGAGGAUUCGAGUUUAUAUCAGAAGUUUGAACAUCAAAUUGAAAACGAUUCAAGAUGAAGCUGAUCAAGAACAACAAAGGGCUGAUAAAUUAAUCGAAGAGAAAUACCAUCCCAAUACAGACGAAGAACCGAUAGUCGAAGAAGAGCCAAUCAAUGAGCAGUUUGCGGAGAGAGGAGGAGACUGGGACUGGUCGAAUCUAGAUGAGCAACGCGAAAAAGUACCUCAUUCACCACUAAGAAUCAAUUCUGUUGACCAAUCUAUCAACAUCAAGUUUUUCGAGAAAGGACCACAAAAGGAAUACGUGAUGUCGAUAGAAGACAAAUCGACCGAUAACGAAAGGAGGGACACCGAGGAAAAACUCAACCGUUGGCGUCACUGGAAGAACAAACUCGAUGAUUUUCUUAGAAAUGUACAAGAUAGAAUGGAUAAAGUAGAUGGCUACCCGAACGAUAAGGACGACCUUGAUAAGAAACUACAAGAAGUCAAGGAUUGUAAAAAAGACAUUGAGAACUACGAACCAGAUGUUGUAAGCGCGCUCGAUUGUGCCAACGAUGUUCUGAAAGACAAAGACAUCGAUGAACAACAGAAAGUUCAGAUCAAAGCGUACAUCAGCGACCUUGAAGUACAGCUUAAGACUGUACAUAGACAGGUCGUGAACGAACAACACAGGUUAGAAAGACUACAGAAUGAGUACAACCGUGAGCUUGUCGACGAAAAGUUUCAUGUUACCCACCAUGAUCGACCUUACUGGGAGUUAAAUUUCUCUGAUGGAGAGGAAGAAGACGAAAUCAUUCACUCAAUGUUCGAGCGAGGUCUGCCUCAUGACUAUUUUGAUAACUUGCACGACGACAUGUCACCAGAGGAAAGGAGAAUUGCCGAGAAAGACAAAAAGAUGAGAGACUGGCAGAACUGGAGGAAUAAACUAGACGAACUAAUCGCUCGACUCUCUGAUAAACUAAAUCGCGUCAAGUCAACAGAUGAGCCAACGGACUGGAGAACUGUGAAAGAACACAAGGACGAGGCUGAGGACUGUAAAGAAGAGAUCGAAGAGUCUGAGCCAAUGAUCAGAGAAGCCUUUCAUCAUUGUGACGACCUUCUAGAUGAUCCUUAUUUGACAGCUGAAGAGAAACAAGAAAUUGAAGACUAUGUGUCUCAUGCACAAGUCAAACUGCGCAACCUCCACAAAGAUGCCGUCGAUGAAGAAGAAAGGCUCACCACUAUCUGGAACAACACUCCUCAUCCACGAUAUGUUACGGACGACCAUGAACAGAUCAUCAAAGAACAGCCGAUUCAUCAGCAGUUCUCUCAAAGGAAAGGAUUUGACUUUGAGUUUGAGGAUGAACAUGUCAAUGAGGAGGUUGAGAAAGAGCACAAAGUCAGAGGAGAGUUUGAYCUUCAUUUUGAUGAAGUGGAAGAUUCUCAUGAGGGAAAGGAUGAUCAACGAGCUCAUACAUACAUUACGAUAUUACUGGAUGACCUUACUCCUGAACAAAGGGAUGAAGCGAAAAAGGCAGAAAAACUUGAAAAUUGGAGAAAGUGGCAAAACAGAUUGGAUACUUUCUUAGAGAGACAAAGGAAGCAGCUGGAUUAUGUCGCCGAUUCUGAUCCUCCGCCAGAAAGGAAAGCAAUACAAGAAAUACUAGACGAAGCGACGGAAUGUAAAGAAGAGAUCGAAGAUUCCAAACCACGUGUCAUGCAUGCUGUAGAGUAUGCUAAUGAGCUACUACAAGACGAUGACAUCACUGAGAAGGAGAAAGAGGAAAUUAAGCAAUACAUCAAGGAACUCGAGGCUAAACUUCAGGAUAUGUACAAUGAAGCCUGCGAUGAAGAAGACAGGCUGUCGGAGAUGCUAGAGAACCUGCCUCGUGAUAAAGAUGAUGAAGAUAAAAAGCAAAGUGUUUAUGAAGAGCUUCAUUACGCUCGCCAUCAUGAGAGACCUGACUUUGAGCUGCAUUUUGAUGACGAUAAAGACGGACAUUCUGAUGAAGUCAUCCAUGCUAUGUUUGUUCCCUCCAAGCCGAUUAACGAUUAUAUCUGGGACCUUCACGACGAUCUUGACCUCGACCAACGGCACGAAGCUGAGAAAAGAGAUCAGCUUGGUAAGUGGCGAAACUGGAAGGAUUAUCUUGAUGACAUGGUGCUUCAUCUGAAUCGGCGACUACACCGAGUACAAGAAGUACCCAAAGAUAGAAAUGAUGUCAUAGAACAGAGAGACGAAGCCAAGGAGUUACAAGAGGACGUCGAGGACUCUAAACCAACACUAAGAAAAGCCAUCGACUGUGCUAACGAUGUCCUUGCUCGUGAUGACGUCACAGAUGAAGAAAAAGAUGACGUCAAGAACUACGUGGAACAAUUGACUACUCAACUCAGGAAAAUUCGCGACGACGCUGCCAACGAAGAACGAAAGCUUGAUCGUCUUCUGGAUGAAAUGCCUGCUGAAACAAAGCAAGAUAGAAAGCUUAUCGAUGAGUUUCUCGGUAAAGAAACCAAAGAAAGACCUUAUUGGGAAUUGUCCUUUAACGACGAAGUCGAUGGUAACCGAAAAAGUCGACUGGACAAGGAAAGAGAUCAAAAAAUGGAUGUAUGGUUUGAGCAUAGAGAUCGAUUAAAUAAGAUAUCGGAGACUGGGAGACACGAUGUACUGGAAAUCACGACCAGGCCGACUCCUACCAAUGAAGAGCAACUCAACGACCAGAUAUCCAGAACCGAAGAUCUCAUACAAAAACUAGCAGAAAUUAUGCCGGUCCUUCGUCAAUCGUUUAGUUAUGGUAACGAAUUGUUAGCAGAUGAAGACAUACCAGAGAAAGACAAGGACGAUAUCGAAGAUGAUAUGCAAAGGAUUCGAGAUGAGCUAUCCAGCUCAAAGAAGGAAGUCGAGGAUCACUACCAAAAGUUAAAAGAAUUGCGUGAAGAAAUGUCUACUGCUAUACUAAUAGAGACUGUGGAAGAGGUCCAAGCUGAACCAGAAAUGGACGACGAAAACCAAAGAAAACAAGCCGAGAAAGAAGAAAAAUUUUCUCGAUGGAGAAAAUCACAAGAUAAUCUCAACGAUCUGCUUGAUCAACUGAAAGCAAAAUUAAUGAAAGUGAAGUCUGGAGAUACGCCGCACAAUAGAAGGGAAAUUAAGGACAAAAUCAACGAAAUUAAGAUAUGUAAAGAAGGAGUAGAUGCUCUCGAUCCUGAAGUCAAUGAGACAUUAGCGCGUGCAGAGGAUAUUCUCAACGAUGAUGAUAUCGACAUUGAAGAAAAACAACUUAUUAGAAGAGACAUAAAUGAUCUUAAGUCACGCCGGAUUGCGUUACGCAACCAAUGUGACGACGAGAACAAUAGACUUGGCAUAGAACUUUCGCAACUUGACACCGAGAAGUCCGAGAAAUUCUCUAAGUGGAGAAAAUGGCGGGAACUGGUGCGCGACCUACUAGACAACUUCAACGGCAAGCUCAACAAAGUAAAAAACAGCAAAACACCAACAAAUCGCAAAUCAAUCGAAGAACAGCUGUCUGUGCUAAGGGAAUGUGAGAAUGGACUUCAGUCAUCUAAUCCUGAGAUACAAUUCGCUCUUGAAUACGGUCGCCAUUUGUCGGAAGACGACCUUCUCGAUGACAACGAGCAGAAGACUGUCAGACAAGAGACUAGCAAGUUUGAAAAGGACUUGAAUAACAUCAAAGUAGAUGUCGAAAAGGAAAAAGAAAGACUGAACGAAGCUCUUGAGAAACACGAAGCCGUUUUACGAGAAAAGCUCUCGAGAUGGAACGACAAGAAACGCUCCGUAAGACCAUCCUUCGACAAACUGCAAAAUAAAGUUGGUGUUUUGAAGUUUAAACUGAAGCCUCGCAAUAAACAAGAGAUUUUGGAACGUCUGGACGAAGUUGAGGAAUGUAAAGCUGAGUUAAACCAAGUAGAACCCAACAUACAGUCCUGCAUUGAUCACGGCGAAGAACUUUUACGAGAAAAGAAUCUGGACAAGGGAAGUACAGAGACGGUUAAAGAUGACCUUGAUGAAUUCAAAGGAGACUUGAAAAAACUAAAACAAGAUAUCGCUGACCAGCAAGUAACUUUGAAAAAGCUUUCUGACGAAGAAGACCUUAUCAAAAAAGAAAAGCAACACAAAUAUCGUGACUUGAGGAAAGAGAUCCAGAAUCAUGUACAAAAACUAAAAGACAAGUUAAAGCGACUUCCCAAAUCGAACGACGAGGCGCAUAAACACGAAGCAAGCAAAGACGAAUUGAUGGAUCAAUCAAAGGAGUGUUCACGUGAUCUUGACAAGCUAGACGAGGAAGUUCGAGACCUGAGGGACUAUGGGAACGGUUUGAUUGAUGAUGGUAACCUUGACGACAAGGAGAUUCGAGAAGUCAAGGAUGAUGUUGCUAGGUUACAAGACGAGCUAGACGAUAUUAGAACGGACAAUAACGAUAUUAAAUUGACGAUUGCUGAAAUGAACGAGCAACAGCCGAGUGUCGAGGAUCAUCCCGACAUGGAGGAAUGGCGAGAGAGGGUCAAGAAAGUCCAGAUUGGACUCGAGGUGGCAGAGGAUCGACUCUUUGAUACCACUGACUUGAAUACACGAGCAGAAAUCAAGGAACGCCUGGAUGAAAUUAAGGAACUCAAUAUCGGCUUCGAGGAAACCGAGCCGCAGUUCGUCGAGACAAUAGAUCGAGGCAAAGAACUCCUCGAAAAAGAAGAUAUUCCUGAUAAUAACAAAGAGGAAAUCAGUGUUGAUUUGAUAUCUAUGAGCAAACAGUGGGGAAACCUCAAGAGCGAUGGACUGGCAAAGGAAGAAAGCCUUGAAGGUCUUCUACUGUCAACCGCUGAGCAGACAGACGAGUUAGUUGGUUGGCACGAGCGCUGUGACGACAUGCAGGCUUGGGUGGACGAUACUUUGUCUCUUCUAGAAACUCGACCUUUGACAAUUUCAGCCUCGUUUGGGACUAUAAAGAGACAGCAGACCGUCACAGAGGAAAUUCUGGAAGAUCUGGUUAACAAGCAGCCUCAAGUUAAUGACAUCAUUGAUGACGGCAAUCGGUUGCUAGACGACCCUUCAUGUGGUACAGAUGAACGAAAAGACGUCCAUGACAAGAUGAGUAAACUGUACGCGGACUGGGACCGACUGUCUUUGGCUCUCACCUCUAGACAAGAACACAUACAAGAUUCAAUUGUGAAACUAGAGCAGCAGCACAAAGACUUGGAAGAAAUUUGGAGGAAGAAGUACGGUCCCCUAAGGAAAUGGAUAACAGGAGCACAAGCACGACUUAACAAAGAGUAUGCUAUUGCACCUGACCUCGACUCAGUUAAAAAACAACGAAAAGACAUUGAGAACUUCAGAGCUGAAAAGGAUUCCCAUGCACCCGAAGUAAACGAAAUCACUCAAAUGUCAGAGAACAUUCUCAAAGGUCCACAAGUCAACGAGGAAGAGAAAACCAUCAUCCAAGAUGAAAUGCAGGAACUUGAACAUGGCUGGAAUGAACUUGAUGAGUCCCUUGUCUGGAAGCAAAACAGAAUUGAGGAUACCAUCAGAAAGCUUGAGAACCAGCGAGAAGACAAAUUGCGAAAAUGGCAAGAAGGCCUUGAUGAUGUGAAUCCUUGGAUAACAAAAACAUUGAACAACAUCAAACCUGAACCGACUCUUGCUAACGAUGUAGACUCAGCUUAUGACCAGAUCGAUGAAUUCCAGAAUCACGUGCGAGAUGCGCCAAUCUACCAGGACAAAGUCACCAAUCUAAACGAGUUCAGUAGUAACCUGCUAGCAGACCCUUGUCUCGGCGAAGAUGAGCGGCAAAAAGUACGAAAAGAAAUGGCCGAAUGCAACGAAAAGUGGAACGAACUCGUCAACAUUGCAAACUCUCGUCAGUCAAAACUGGACGAUAAUCUCGCCAAACUGGAAAAACAACAAAACGAUGACUUUAACCGCUGGACAACACGUGUGGACCGCGCCUCUGAACUUCUUGGCAAGUUUGAAGCUGAGUUACCCAGAGUUGAUAAACCGCUGGCUACACAGCUUGAGGACGUGGAGAAACAAGAACAAGAAUUUGACGUAUUUGCGAAUCACGUAGAGUUGAACGAAACGCAAAUACAAGAUACGUUUGACUUAGGUGAGAGCAUCGUUAAUGACACAAAGAACGCCAAAUCCAAGAGAGAUGGUGUCCAGGGUCAACUAAACUUACUAACGUCACGAUGGGAUCGAAUUAAAGACUUUGUGGACCUCAGGAAAGCACGACUCGAGGAAACCGCUAAACGUCUGCGUGAAAACCGCAAGCGAAAGAUCGAGAAAUGGGAGGAAACCACGAAUGAGUUUGAUUUGUUCCUGUCGGCCGCUGAAAGAGACAUUCGCUCGUCUGACUCCAUCGGUGAUGACUUGCCAACAGUUAAGAGACAUAAUGAAGAAUUUAAGGAUGUGAUGUCAAAGGUUCGGAGCCAAAAACGCAAGGUCUUCGAGUAUGGGCAGUACACCGAUAAGGUUAUUGACGACCCUCAGCUGGACGCCGUGUCACGUGAUCACAUCAAGAUUGAAAAAGAAGCGCGCAUUGACCGAUGGGGGCAUAUUGAAGACAUGAUCAAUAGCCACCAAGCAAAGCUGAGAGAUAAACUGUUGGAACUGGAGAAAGGUCAUGCUGAGAUGGACGGCUGGAACAAUCGUUUGAACAAUGUUAACAGUAAGAUAGCCAAUCUAGAGAGAGCUAAUGAGAUACCUAUAGGCCGAGAUCAGGACACUAUCGAGAAACAAAGACAAGAUAUUAAGGCCCUUAACCUGGAAAAGGACGCCAUUGACGACCAAGUGUCAAAUUUCCUGAGUUACUCAGAAGAGUUAAUGGACAAACCUGGUAUCAACACUGAAAACCGACGGCAUAUUAACAAACAAUGUGAUGCUCUUGAACUACGAUGGCAUAAAGCAAAGGGAGAUUUAGAACGAAGAGAAAAGAGCUUGGAGGAGAAGCAAGACUCCCUAAACAGACGCCAGAAGAAUCUUCUUUCUGAUUGGGACACGAGAAAGUCUGAAGUGUCUGAUUGGUUGACCGACACGUCAACCAAACUUAAGGAACUAGACGCUAAUGUUAGCAAUGUUGACGCGGCUAAAGACCAAACUCUAAAAUUACAGCAUAUACGCAAAGACGUAACUGGGUAUGAAAAACACGUUCGUACGCUGGAGGACUUUGCCGAUACAUUGAUCAUGGAGCCUGGGAUCCACUCUAGCGAGAAGGCACUGGUAACGAGAGAGAAACAGGCAAUCAGGGAAAGAUGGGAGUCUUUGAACACCGCCACACACAACGUCCAGAAAAAGCUUGGUAGUCGUAUCGACGACCUCGAAGGAGAGCAAACACGACGGCUUAACGACUGGAGAAGACAAAGUCAACCGCUGGACAGCUGGCUCAACGAGACAGAGACUGAAGUCGAGGCUUACGAGCCCAUCGCCUAUGACAUUCCGAUGGUUGAAAGACAACAACGAGAAAACCAGUCCACCAUGAAGGAUAUUGAGCAAAAGAAACCACAGUUUGAUGAACUUGACAACUUUGCUAACGUGCUGAAAAACGAGACUUUCAUCGGUCUUGAAGAGAAAGUGAAGAUACAAGACGACAUGGAGUCAUUGCAAGAACGCUUUGAAAACGUUGAUGAUGCUGUUACAAAGAGACAAGCAGAGUGAGUAUGAGUUUACACUUGAAUAUAA